ACGCAAAGAUUGAACGUGGAGUGCACCCACGUAAAGUAAUUUCUAUGUCUGCUGCCCAGCUGCACCACUAGCACCCGUACUGAGGUCUUGUAUACCUCACAACACCACCUCAUGCUUGCAGCUCUACGUGCCAAUCUGUAAGGUGGUAUGUUUAAUGCAUACCCUGAACAACAAACCCAACUCGAUCCCGGUCACGCCUGCACCCCUAGCAACGCGGAUGUCGCGUGCCAAAGUAUCUAAGGGCACGGAAAGUCGUGGCAGAAGGCACCAGCAUUAUAUAACUGCAGGUCAUUGAGCCUGACAUAUCCUAGCUAGAAAAUUCUCGUCAAUUCUGACCACCCAAGCGAACAAUUCGUUUCACUUUGACUACUACCUACCACCCCCUAAAACUCGGCAUCUACCCACCAUACGCAUCACGAUGAGCGUCGUCCACGCUAAAAACAUCGUUGUCUUUGGAGCAAUGGGCGCCGGAAAAAGUUCCCUCGUAAACCUCAUCGCAGGCAAACGCAUCGCUGAGACUGGCUCCGAUCUCAAGCGUUGCACACUCACGUGGAUCAAAUAUGAGUUACCCAACCUCCUUGAUGAUGGGGAGCAAUAUAAUAUCUUCGACACGAUGGGCAUCGAGAACCCGGAAAUCGAGCCACGCGAGUACCACGAGUCCAUCAAGAAUGCCAGCCGUCUUCUCCGCGCCCUAGAGUCAAGCGGCGGUACAAAUCUGUUGGUAUAUUGCAUUCAACAAGGCCGCGUGAGUAGCGCGCUGCAGAGCAACUACCAGUUGUUCCGCGAAGUGUUAUAUCAGGGUCGAGUCCCGAUAGUCAUGAUCGUGACACGCCUCGAGGAAGAGCGCGAUAUGGAGGAAUGGUGGACGCGGAACGAAGAAGAGUUAGAGCGUUUCAAAAUCGCGGUGAAAGGGCAUGCGUGCGUAACGACCCUGACGGAGGAAGGUGUGAAGUACAAAACAUCGAGGGAAGCCGUGCGUAAGCUGAUCCGGGAGCAAGCGGACGUUCCGCCAGUGUUAGGGGGGUGGAAGAAGGAGGGGCUAGUCGGAGCGUUCAAGCGGCAGUUCAGGCUACGUACAGAUCCGAAGGAGGAUAAACUACAGAAGGACCUUGUGAGUCAAUGCGGCAUGAAGAAAAAGCUUGCUUCAAAAGUUGCAAAGACAAUCAUGUACACGUGACGUAGCCCCACGAACUUUCUGUAAUAAUAUUGAGACCUACAACUAGUAGUACAUACGUACUACGGGCUGGCUUCAUACUACAUCGGUUUUAUCACCUUGCUCUGGCAGCUGUGGUGCAGGCCACUUAAAUUUGGUGGUCGAAAAUGAAAAUGUGUGCUUCUCCUACAACAACCAAACACCCUUCCACAACAUCUCUUUCACAGCAGAGGACUCGGACGCGUAGCCCGAGUCAGCGAGUCAGGCGCAAGCAAAAGCACAACCCUCCCAUCCUCUACUGGUCUAACCAGGACAAGGUCAC